GUGGUGUUCCGCUGGAGUCAAAUUUACCGGCACCCAAGUCAUCGAGGCAACGUCCGAAGCAGCUCUGCAACGAAGUGCCACCUUCCUUUCUCAGGACAUCAGCAACACUGCCCAAGCGUUAACAACCCUGCUGUCCGUGAGCCGCGCGUUGCCCCAAGCCCUGGCACACCGCAUGGGUGAUCUGGAGCUUAAGCCGCAAGAGCCCGCCAACACAGCGCAGGCCCCUGGCAAACUUUCCUUCGAGCACUCCAUGCCGGAGCUUCGAGAUUCCUUCCAGGCAUCAAUCUCCGAAGCGAAUGCGCAGGAUACCUCGAGCUUUGCAUGGGCUCCAGGUGCCACAGCUGUGCACGGCACACCGCUGCAGUCUGCUUUGGCAGCAGAGGCCGCUACGAAGAUGGCCUUGUCCGGCCCACAGGACGCGAGCAACAUGUUGCGAAGGUUCGCCACACUGGAAUGCAACGAG